CUAAAAGUCGAUUAAUUUGUUAGUUCAUAGUCGACGUAUUGACAUUUUCUCAUCGUAAAAUAUGUUUAUAUUAAAUAUUUGUUUUAAUUAGACAAUAACAAACGUAGCUUAGAUAGGUCACGAUCGCACAUUUAUUGCCCCACCAUGAAUGAAACAAACGAAACUAAAAUGGAGCCCAACUACAUAUUUGACGAUGUACCUCGAAUUUCUCCCCUAAUAACAGUCAGCUGCUGUCUGGCCAUGUCCGUGCUUUAUGUGUCAAGUUUGUACAUAUGGAACAAUAAACACAAUCGUGAUCACCCGGCCACAGUCAAGAGACGUUUCCUUAGUGUGACCGUGGUGAUGUUGAUAACACCGAUAUUUGUAUAUAAAUUUUCAUCCAAGGAACUGUUGGAAAAGAUUCCAUUUUAUGAGUUACUUGGAUUGCGGUGGCACGGUCUUUUAAUGGCCAUUGUUGUUCCUUAUCUCUUGACAAUGUUGCUGUUUUUGGGACCACUGUGCGUGGAGCUGCAAAACGAUACAAUGAAAGUGUUCAUGGAUAUAAAUUUCUGGAAAAGUUCUUUUAAGAAUAUUUUGUGGAUACGUAAUCACAUAAUGGCACCAUUGAGUGAGGAGUUUGUGUUCCGUGCCUGUAUGAUGCCACUAAUACUUCAAAGUUUUACACCAGUUACAGCUGUGUUCAUUACACCAUUAUUUUUUGGUGUAGCUCAUGUACAUCACAUAGUCGAGAGACUAAGUAUGGGCAUGGAAUUUACAACAGCUUUAAUAAUAUCAAUCUCCCAACUGACAUAUACAACACUAUUUGGAUUUUACUCCGCUUACCUCUUCCUACGCACAGGGCAUUUCGUAGCACCAUUUUUGGUACAUGCCUUCUGUAAUCACAUGGGACUGCCGGAUAUACAGGAAUUGUGGCAGCAACAUCUGUGGAAACGCAUCCUUUUAAUUGUCUGUUAUUUUGUUGGUUUCAUCGCGUGGAUAUUUGUCUUACCCAUUGCAACGCAUCCAACCUUAUAUGCCAAUAGUAUAUUUUGGCCUUACUAGCAGUCUGCGCUUGCACAAUUAACCAACAAGUCUGUUGUAUAUGCCAAACCAGGGACAAUGGCGGAAUCAAAGUGUCCAGCAAAAUACAUAGAAUAUUAAGUUAAAAAGUUUUAAUUACUAUUAGUUUACUACUAACAAUAUUUAGUUAAUCUUAAUCCAUUUAUUUUGUAAAAAAUAAUAGUCUCACAUGUUUGUUUAUUUGAAUGAA